UGAAAACAACAACAACAACAACAACAACAGCAGAAAAAAAUUUUUUCCAGCUGAAUUAAAUGCAAAUAUUUCUGUGUUUCGCUUGUUAUAUUUAUAUACUGUAUUUAUAAAUCAAAAAUCCAAAUGUUCGAAUAAUGGGUAAUCAUACAUCUACAUUUAGACGAUUACAAACGACAAAUACAACACCAACAUCAUCAACAACGUCGACAACAAGAAAACAACGAGAACAUCAACGACCAAUUAAUACAUAUCAUCAUAAUCAUCAUCAUCAUCAUCUGAAUCGUUUACGAUUCGUUAAUCAUUGUCCAUCAUCAUCUUUGUCAUCAUUUUCAUAUCAUAAUCAUUGUCCUACUAAUAAUAACCUGAAAACAAACGUAAUAGAUAUGGAAAUUGAUCAUCCAAUGCAGAUUGAAUCAAAGAAUGAUAAUUUAUUACAUAAUUUGAAUAAUAAGAAAAAAUUAUUAUUGGAUUCUAAUAAUAAUAACAAUAAUGAUGAUUCGGACAUAAUCAAUGAUAACAAUGAAUUUAAUAAUCUUUCCAAUGAAAUGGAUCGUCUUCGUCAUGAAUUACGUGAUUCAAAACGUAAAGUUUAUGAACGUGAACAACAAUUAUUGAAAUUACAUCGUGAAGUACAUAAACUUCGAUCUGUAUUGGAUCAUUCAGAUGCAAUGAAUGUUACAUUGAAAAUGACAUCAUCACAACAACAACAACAACCAUUUGAUUCAUUUUUUGUUAACAAUUUGAAUGCAUAUGAUCAUCAUAUGAAUUAUAUAGAUAAUUAUAAUCGAUUAGAUGUCACACAACCAGAAAAGAAAAAAGGUGUUAGUGGUGAAUCAUUAAAUUCUACCGGUAAUAAUGGUAUUGAUGAUGGUGGCAAUGAUGGUGUUAAAAAUCGAUCACAGAAAAUUAUCAAUUUUUUUUGGAAAGAUUUUGAUUGUCGCCGUAUCAUACAGGAAGCAUUGAUGGAUAAUUCAUUUCUAAAAAAUUAUCUGAAUAAUGAACAAAUUGAUUUGAUUGUUAAUUCAAUGUAUGUAAAAGAAUUCGCUAAAAGCCGUUAUAUUUGUCGUCGUGGUACAUACGGUUCACAUCUAUACGUUAUAAGCUAUGGUAAAUGUGAAGUGAUCGAUGCUCGUGAUCGUCCGGUCAAUCAAAUGGGUCCAGGUAAAGCGUUCGGCGAAUUGGCAUUAUUAUAUAAUUGUACACGUACGGCAUCGGUACGAGCAUUGACAAGAGUACGAACAUGGGUAUUGGAUCGUAAAGUAUUUCAAAUGAUCAUGAUGAAAACAUCAUUGGAUCGUACGAAUAGUAUUAAACAAUUUUUGAAAAAGGUUCCAUUAUUGCAAAAUUUAAACGAUGAAAAGAUUACGAAAAUAACGGAUGCCGUUGAAGUGGAUUAUUAUCCACGCGGUGAAUACAUCUGUAGACAAGGAUGUUUCGGUGAUUCGUUUUAUAUUAUUAGUAAAGGUUCAGUUAGAGUGACCAAAGUCCGGUCAAUCAAUAAUCCUAAUAAUCACCAAUAUUAUCAACAAUAUUCAAUGUUUGUCGAUAAUAAUCAUAUUAAUGGAAAUAAUAUGAAUGAUGAUAAUGAUAUUGAAAUGGCCAUUAAAGAAGAUACAAUACGUACAUUAAAUGAAGGAGAUUAUUUUGGUGAACAAGCACUAUUAUUAUUGGAAGGUGCACGUGAAACAUUACUUACAACACCAUCUAAUAAUAAUAAUAAUCAUAAUAAUAUUGAUUUGACGGCAAAAACGGCAUUGAUAAAAACAGAAUUAUCCGAUAAUAUUGGCGCUAUACGUACGGCGAAUGUUAUUUCCGAAGAUUGUGAAUGUCUUGUAUUGGAUCAGACGAAUUUUUUCAAUCUUCUUGGUGAAUUACAAGAGAUAAAAUAUAAAUCUUAUACCGAUUCAAUUAAUGGUAAUCGAAAACAUUCAAAUACACCGGAUAUGAUGAUGAAUGAAUUGGAAAAAUAUCAUCAUUAUCAUUAUUCAAAAUCAUCAACAUUAUCGUCAACAACUAGAACGAUUGUAAAUGAAAAUGAUCUUACACCAUUUGAAUUGUUUAUUAAGAAUCUAAAAUUGACCGAUCUUGAAACAAUUACACAACUAGGGAUGGGUGGUUUUGGUGCCGUCAAUCUUGUACGUUGUUAUCAUGAUCAUGAUAAAGUGUUUGCAAUGAAAAAAUGUUCAAAAGAAUUUAUUCGUGCCUCACGUCAACAGCAGCAUAUUGUUAAUGAAAAAUUAGUGAUGCAAUGUGUUGCCGGCCAUAAUCAAUUUAUAAUUAAAUUAUAUCGAACAUUUCAGGAUGAUUUUAAUGUUUAUUUUCUUAUGGAAACGGCACUUGGCGGUGAAUUAUGGACCGUAUUAAGGCAAAGAGGACCAUUCAAUGAACAAUCCGUCCGUUUUUAUACGGCUUGCGUUGUUGAAGCAUUACAAUAUCUACAUUCAAAAAAUAUUAUUUAUCGUGAUUUAAAACCUGAAAAUUGUCUACUCGAUUCGGAUGGUUAUUUAAAGUUAACAGAUUUUGGUUUCAGCAAGCAUUUACCGGCUGGUAAAAAAACAUGGACAUUCUGUGGUACACCUGAAUAUGUGGCACCAGAAAUUAUAUUGAAUCGUGGUCAUGAUAAAUCUGUCGAUAUUUGGGCAUUAGGAAUAUUGAUUUAUGAAUUAUUGACUGGAUUGCCACCAUUCAUAUCGAGUGAUCCAUUACAAACAUAUCAUAUUAUAUUACGUGGUUUUGAUUCAAUCGGUUUCGAUGAGAAUAUAUUCUCAAAACAUUGUGUAAAUCUUAUACGUAGUCUUUGUCGUGAAAAUCCAAAUGAACGGCUUAUUAUACGUGGACGUAAUGGUUAUAAUGAUAUUAAACGACAUAAAUGGUUUACCGGUUUUAAUUGGAAUAAUUUGUUGCAAAGAAAAAUGAUAGCACCAAUUGUACCGAAAUUAACAUCAAAUACUGAUACAAGACAUUUUGAAUGUUUCAAUACGGAUGACGUAAUCGAUAAAGUUAUUGGUGAUAAUAAUAAUAAUGAUCAAAAACCUAAAGAAAAAUUUAUAAAAAAUAAACAUUCCGGUUCAACAUCAUCAUCAUGGUUUAAAUCAUUGUCCAAUUGUUCGGGUAGUGGACGUAAUUCAUUAAGUAAUAAAAAAACAAUAACAACACCGGAACAACAACAACAACAACGUACAGAUCAUAAAAAUAACAGUGGUGGUGGCGGUGGUAUUGACGAUAAAAAGGUUAAAGAUUCUGAUGUCUGA